GGUGUGGUUCUCUGAAACUCACUACUACCACACCAGACUCCCCUGCCUGUGAGCCACUCUCCCUCACCAGCACUUUCUCUCUCUAGCGUUUUAGAGAGAGAAAGAUCAAGAAGCAAUCUUUGGGAGGUUCGGAGAAUGGAGAAGAUGAGGUUUGCGGUGUUGAUGUGUGCGGAGGAUUCGGAGUACGUGAAGCAAGUGUACGGAGGGUAUUCUGGGGUGUUCGUGAAAAUGCUGGCGGAGGAAGGAGAGACUUGGGACGUGUACAAGGUGGCGCGUGGAGAGUUUCCGGAGGAUGAUGACUUGGUUCUCUACGACGGCUUUGUCAUCACCGGCAGCUGUAGCGACGCACAUGGAAACGACAAAUGGGUUCGUGACCUUCUCGACUUGCUUAACAAACUCCACUCCAUGAACAAAAAGCUCCUCGGCAUUUGUUUCGGCCAUCAGAUUCUUGGGCGUGCACUGGGAGGGAAGGUGACUCGUUCUCCCACUGGUUGGGACAUUGGUGUGAGAACCGUAACAUUUUCACCAUCGUGGGCAUUCUCGUUGUCUUCCCUUGAUCUUCCACCGGGGCUUUCCAUCAUCAAAUGUCACAGGGAUGAGGUCCGAGAGCUACCUGAGAAGGCAGAGGUGAUUGCUUGGUCGGAAAAGACAGGAAUUGAAAUGUUCAAGUGUGGAGACCACGUAAUGGGAAUCCAAGGGCACCCUGAGUAUUCAAAAGACAUUCUUUUGCACCUGAUCGACCGUCUCAUUCGAGGAAACUUCAUCACAGAUGGUGAUGGUAUUCAAGCAAGGGAGAGGGCUGCACUGGACCCAGAUAAGGAGGCUUGGAAGAGAAUGUGUGUGAACUUUUUGAAGGGUCGAUUGUGACGUAGCUGGAACUGAAAUAAAAAAAAAAAAACAGAGGUUUUAUGAGCACACUGAAAAUAGUGACAUUAUAUGGAAGAUGGUCCCUAUAGAUUAAAACAAGUUAAGUAGUUGUUGGCACCACUGGGUCGGUGCAAUGAGUUGUGUAUUUUAGUUGGCUUUGAUGGGUUCCAGCCAUUAGUGUUCUGUAUUUAACUCGACUAUCACUCAAGUCUUAAAUUAUAGCAAUAAACUCACUCAAGUUCUAAUUUUA